GCAGUUUGUUUGCUUUUCCUCCAGUCUGGAAUUUCCUCCUGGAGUUGCUGAGCCGGAGAAGAACUUGCACGGCUGGCGUGGAGGGAAAGGAGGACGCAGGGUGCCAGGGAAAGAUGGGGUGUGCCUUGUCUGGACCAGGUGUCACACCGGAGCCAACUUUUUCCAAGGAAAAGAGAGGGCUGGACUUGAGCGAGGAGACUGAGUGCGCAGAGACCCCCGAACCGCUCCACCUUUCAGAGCCUCAGAAGGCCCUGAUCCGAGAGUCCUGGAAAAUCCUGCACAAAGACAUUGCAAGGGUCGGGGUCAUAGUCUUCGUCAGACUGUUUGAGACCCACCCCGAGUGCAAAGAUGUCUUCUUCCAAUUCCGGGACAUCGAUGACCUGCAGCAACUGAAGAUGAGCAAGGAGCUGCAGGCCCACAGCCUCAGAGUGAUGUCGUUCAUCGAGAAGAGCGUGGCAAGACUCGACCAGGUGGAGAAACUGGAGCACUUGGCCUUCGAGCUGGGCAGGAGUCACUUCCGCUACAAAGCACCCCCCAAGUACUAUGAGUACAUAGGUGCUCAGUUCAUCCAAGCUGUCCAGCCCAUUCUAAAAGAACACUGGACUCCGGAGGUCGAGAAGGCUUGGGAGAGCCUCUUCAAAUAUUUGACGGCCACCAUGCGGCGAGGCUUCUACACGGAAGAGAAGACCGCAGGAUCCGGCGGCAAGUCUCCUUGCUCGAGGAAGGCCGGCGCUGGGUCCACUCCAAACAAAAUCUAG